AUGCCAGUCAUUGCCCCGCCCUCGUAUGAACAAAACAAAAGAGCUGGCAGUGCCCUUGAAAAUGCCGCAGAGGAACUUUUGAAUGGUAUUUUCUGCCACUACGAGCCACCUACAUCUACCAAGGCCCAAAAGAAUGCUGCCAAUGCCAUCAGAAAUAAUCCUACUAAAUUUCUGUACGAGGAGCAACCCAUCAAGCUCGUUCCAAAGAAAAAAAAGGUUGCCAAGGCUGCCACUACGCCUAUGUCCGACGCGGAAUCAGUUGGAUCAGAAUAUUAUGAAUCUGGAACUGAAGCUGGAGACUAUGAAGACGAAGCAUCUCUUGAAGGUGAUGACAUGGAGGACUUGGACGAAGAAACAAAACUCCUCAAAGUGGACACCUCCAGUAAGAGAGGAAUCAAAUGGAGAGAUGAAGAGAGCAAGCGUGUUGAGACAGAGAAAGCUCAAGCCAAGGCAGCCAGUCGAUGGUCUCAAUGUGUAACUCUUCCUUGCUUUACUUCUGAUGGCCAUGAUAUUCCAGGUACUUUGGAGGAUAUUCACGACGAGAACGAAGCCCCUCAGGAGCCAACUCCUGUAGCUAUUGCUACACCAAGCAAAUCGGCUCUCAAGAAGAGAGAUGACGGAGUCAUGAGGGUCUUGUACGAUGAUCAAGGAAAUCCAAAUACCACUCCACGAUCUCCUGGGUCCAUCAAGAAUCAUUCCUUCUUUCGCAACGUUACCAACUCGCCACGAGCCAAGUCCGUUGUGGGUGUUGGCGGUAUUGGCAUGUACGAGCCGAGUGAUUACAACAAACCAUCUACUCCCAAGGCAACUGGAUUCAAGAUGCCACGUGACUACACCCCACGAGUACCCCGAGGCCCUCCAGCUCCGCCAUCGGAUGUUGGUGCUCCAUCUCCAAAGGCUGUAUCCGUUCCUCCGUCUCCAGCUGCUGUUCCGUCUCCAGCCGCAGUUCCGUCUCCAGCUGCAUCCCCUGCUGCUGUCAGAAGACGUCAAGUUCCUAUUAGCCCGAUGAAGGUGGCUUCUCUACCUGGCUCCCCAGGCGUUUCGGAUUACAACUUUGCACAGGCAGUAGCUCCACCAUCUCCACGAGUCCGCCAAAUUGGUCUACUAGCUGGCUCCCCUGGAAUCAAGGACCAAAAAGGUGGACCAGAAGUCAUUCGACUUUCCAAGAUUGGUCGCACUCCUUCGGGCGCAGUUCCGCAACCAGUCAAUACCGUUGCACCUGGGCAAUUUGUUGCUUGGAGCGGGGUCGAUCCAUCCACGACACAACCUGGGAACUACGUUGCCAAGUCUCCCAAGUCCUACAUGGCUCCAGUAGCUCCAGUGGCUCCAGUAUCUCCAGUAGCACCACCACCUUAUGCCGACAUUGAAGAACCAGAACAAAUGUCCGUCUUGCAAGCCGUACAAAUGCUCAACAAGGCCGGAUUCAACCCUGGCAAGAGAUUCAAUCGAGGAUUCAGUGCCAAGUCUUUCAGAAAGGCAAAGGCACCACCCAAAUCACCCUCCGUCCACCACCAUGGAUAUGCAACCGCAAACGACAAUCGUGAUUCGUUUGAUAGGGAACAAAAGCCUGCGUUUGUUGGAACCAGACGAGUGGCUGCUCCUACCUCGCUGGUUCAAUCCUUGAAUAACAACAACACUGCUCUCCUCAAUGAGAUCAGAUAUAGUAACAGAGCACCAGUCGCUCCCCUGGAACUCAAUAUCGACAUGCGUGACGAAUUGGAAAUGACCCGUGAUCCCACUCCUCGCCAAUUGAAGAUUCAACAAUUGGAAGACAACCUUUAUCGACCCAAUGGACCUCUCCCACCAACUCCUCGUCGCAGGGAGCAAGAGCCAGAAUUUGCCACUCGUCCAACACCUACUGCCCAAAAGCCUCCUCAGCACUUUGUUCCCGUCGGUAAUACUAACGACAUGGAGCGCACCGCUGCUCCCAAGGAGGCCAAGUCAUCCCAAAAGAACAAAAAGGAGAAGGAACAAGAAGUUACUGCUCCAGUUCCAGCAAAGGAAGAAAAGCCAAAGGAAGAAACGGCACCCAAGCGCAGUGUUGAGAAAAAGACACAGUCCAAGCCAUCCCAAUCCAGAUCGGCAAAAUCUAGUAGCAGACCUACGCAAUCCAAGAAGGAAAAGAAGGGAUUCAUGAGUGGAAUCAAGAAGGGACUCGGCAAGCUCAAGAACACAGUCAAUGAGAUUGAUUCGCAACGCAUUGCCGAGCCAACAAACAGCAAGAAGAAAAGUGGUAGCCGUCGAUAG